AGGUUCUGUCUGAGCUAGAGAUCCCACAGGACUCCGGGGCUGCUGGAGAAAGGAGUCGUGAGGCAAGGCCCUUUCCAGAAAGACUCGGAACUCUCGGGAGGGGCGGCUCGUGGAGACAUGGAGCACAGCCGCUCAGCUGCAGCGGAUGACCUGCAGAUCAAGGUUCUUGUCAGUGUUGAGAGCGUCACCAGAACAAAUAUUCAUCCAAAAAUAAACUUCCUGCUCUUCCUGUUUUUAUAACUUGCCUAUUUCCUCUGAGUUUGAGGCUGGUCUCCUGUUCAUGGGUAUUAAUCUUCAGAGGAUCAAGACCUCUAUAGAAGUAUUUCCUGUACGUGUUUAUCCACCCAGCCCGAAAUUAUUUUCUCCAAAUGAUAAGAGAUUUUUUUUUCCCAUCCUGGUAUGUCAGCCUAUGAAAGAUUUUUAGUUGGGAAUCCCAGAGACGAAGGCUUAAGCCAAGCCAGAGGAGACCCAGGCAGGUGGAGAGUGACCUUCAGUGCUUGUGGUUUGUCUGUUUACAGGUGUGUGUGUGUGUGUGUGUGUGUGUGUGUGUGUGUGUGUGUGUGUGUGACACGUAUGCAGAGGAAAAGUGAAGAGUUGGUUCUCUAUACCAUAUGGGUCCUGAGGAUUGAACUCAGGUCAUCGAGCUUGGUGGCAAGUCCCCUUGCCCGACGGACCAUCUUUCUAGCCCACUUAAGUGUUUCUGUCCACCACCCAGGUUAAAGGUGGCUUCUUAGGGAGAUUCUUAGAGUCCUAGAGAUAGGGAAGGAGGAACUUGAAAGGACCCAGUGUGAGGAAUGCUCAAGCGCCCAGUGAAUACCACAGGGGAAUACCGGCUGAGACAGCUUUGUUCUUCUCAAGAGUGCUGUGUCCCUUAUUGGACUGCUCCUGUCUCUGAGCUGUAAGCAGGGCCACUACCCUCACAGAGAGGAAGUUAGAAGGGUUGUGCGCAGAAAGAAACCCACAAGUUUGGCCAAGUCUAGAACUGGGGACAAAUAGCCCAGUAGGCGCUAACAUUUUAGCUCAUUGGCCCUGGGCCUCCUGCCCCUGACAGUCUCCUUGGCUUUUUAUACAUAGAAAUCCCAGGCUGGCAUUCCAUUGAGUACUUUAAAGUACGUUUCCUUGACUGAGUCUUACAGACAGACAGAGGCUGAGGCGACCUGGCUGUGUGGAUGGCAGCAGGUACCACUGUAGAACUUGGAGGGAGGCCAGUGGCCUUUCUUAAGUGGGUCUGGGGCAGCCACAUUUUCUAAAUGCUACCACCCCAUGGCACCACCCCUCCUGCCAGAGACCCAGGUGACACCAUUGGUAAUAACUGUCCCCAGACCACUGUCCAGUUCUCUAGCCACUAGUCAUUUGGGUUCUGAGCCCUUAAAACAAGCCAGUGUGGCCUGAGAGGUAGUCUCAGUGCAGAGUAUAGAGUAUUUUGAAGCUUUAUUAUAAUCAGCCUAGGCAUCCCACUAGUAAUUAUUUUAUUUGGAUUACCUGUGGGAACAAAUAUACCUUUUAGAUAUAUUGAGUUACGGCAACUCUACGGAAAAACUUCAGAUUGUGCGUAUGGCUUGUUCCACUUCUGUGUUGUUAACCUGCUGUGGCACAGCCACAGGUACAUAGUCUCUGGGCUGUCUCCCUGUCAGCCUAGCUGGGUGGUGACCGAGCCCUAACCCAAGACUUUCCUAGGACAGCGAUUCCUGUAGGCUGAUAGUUACACACACACACACACACACACACACUUUGUUUUUUCCUUAGUCAGCCUUGCUGGCAGCCUCCUUCCCGGAAGCCUUUUUUCAGAUCCUACAGUCUUCCUGUGCUCCUGCCCCGGGUCAGACUUUAUGGCUGGUUGCCUUCAGUCCAUCCGUUCACUGUAGGCAGGUCGUCUAGAAACCCGGUGCUCAGUUGAACCCUGAUGCCAGUGUUGCAGAACAGCUUGUGUGUGGUGGGUCUCCAUCCCGCUCCACCCCACCCCCAUCUGUGUUUGUGUUUGUGUUUGUGUGUGUGUGUGUGUGUGUGUGUGUGUCCCCGUGUCCUCUGUGUGUGUAUGUGUGGUAGGUCUCUAGACUUUCUGUUGUGUCCUGUGUGUGGGAAGAGGGGAGGGUUUGUGUUUUGUGUGUGUGUGUGUGUGUGUGUGUGUGUGUGUGUGUGUGUGAUGGGUCCUUAGAUUUUCUGUUGUUGUUUCCUCUGUGUGCGUGUGUAUGUGUGUCCUGUGUGUGUGUGGUAGAUCUCUAGACUUUCUUUUGUGUCCUGUUGGGGGGGGGCGGUGUGUGUGUGUGUGUGUGUGUGUGUGUGUGUGUGUGUGUGUGUGAUGGGUCCUUAGACUUUCUGUUGUUGUUUCCUCUGUAUGUGUAUGUAUGUGUGUAUGUGUGUGUGUGUUGGGUCUCUAGACUUUCUGUUGUGUACUCUCUCCCUCCCUCUGUGUGUGUGUGUGUGUGUGUGUGUGUGUGUGUGUGUGUGUGUGUGUGUUGGGUCUCUAGACUUUCUGUUGUGUCCUCUGUAUGUGUGUGUGUGGUGGGACCCUAGACUUUCUGUUGUGUACUCUCUCCCUCCCUUCCUCCGUGUGUGUGUGUGUGUGUGUGUGUGUGUGUGUGUGUGUGUCCCUAGACUUUCUGUUGUGUCUUGGGUGUGUGCGCACACACGUGUGGCCUUUGAAGUGUAUUCUCAAGGAUGAGCAUGCGCUGGGGAAACACAAGGUGGUUGUGAGGCCUGGGAAACUCCUGCUUUGGGAAGUACAGAAGUCCACUCACUGGGCUCACCCUCCUCGUCUGCCGGUGUUUCAGGAACAAGAGGAAGUUCUGCCGCUGGCUAAAGCCCCAGAUAAUUCCCCGCUGCAAUGAAGAAUUCCAUGUUGACCAGGAGAACAUGUUUACCUGGACACUUGCUGUUUGCAGGGCUGGAGGGGACACCUGCUUUGCUGGCCGGCACAGUAGCCCAGUACUGACUGCGUUUUUGCCCACUUCAUGGUGUGCUUUGUAUUCAACCAUUUUUUAAUCUCGGCUACAUGGGAGCAGGCAUGUGUUGAACGCUUGGUGUACACAAGCACUGCACAAAGAACAAACUCACAGAUGCCCAAGUAGCCACUGUUAUUGCCUUAUUUGUAGACCCGCAAAUGAGUUGGCCCAUGAUGAACCCAAGGGUGGGCGCCGUUUAGUUCUGACUCAAGUCCUGUAUUUGGCUGUUGAGUUGACAGUGUGAGUCUCCCAGUCCAGCUUGGGUCAGCCUCAUUUCGUUGGCACCUUUAAUUGUUUUGUGUCACAGUGUCUGUUGGUACAGGCUGGAGUAGGCUACCACAGGAAGAUUAUCUUCAGGGCUCCUUGGCCAUCUGAACUAAGGGUGGAGGAUACAUUUUUCUAUUCCUUUAGAACAAUUUGCUAGUUUAUUUAGCUUAUUUUCUUAAGAGAUUUGUUUAUUUGAUGUAUCCGAGCACUCUAUCUGCAUGUACAUGCGUGCCAGAAGAUAGCGAGCGUCAGAACUCAUAGAUGACUGUGGGUUGCUGGGAAUUGAACUCAGGACCUUUGGAAGAGCAGCUGACACUCCUAACUGCGGAGCUGUCUCUCCCAUGCUACUUUGACUUUGUUUUUUGUUUUUGUUUUUGUUUUUUUUUAUUUUUGAGACAAAGUUUCAGUCUGAAGUUUAGGCUGGCCUCAAACUCAUAGCCAUCCCUCCGCCUCUGCCUCCCAAGUGCUGGGAUUAUAAGUAUGAGCCACCAUACCUGGGUUGUCAUGACUUGGAGAUAUGAGCUACAGGAGUAACAUAUGGUUCCCAUGGAGGGCUUGGGGCUGUGUGAAGAGGGGUGGUGUGACUUUUGGGGUUCCCCGUGGCUGCUGCAGAGGCUGCAUAGACAGCUCACCCAGUGAGGCUUAGAGCAUGAGCCAUGUGCUCUGGAGCCAGACUGCUGUGGUUUGUGCCCUCCUUGGCUCAGUCUGUUGCUGUCAUUCUCUCCAUAGCCCAGUUUCUCCAUCCCUCAAAACAGGGAGACUAAGGAACCUGUGGGAGUUUAAGGCAGACAGGUUAUAUUUGGCGCAUCAGGUAACUGUCAGCUGACCUUCGUAAUGAUGCUCUUUGCCUUGUGAUGGAUUACAGUGAUAACAUGUUGCAUUUUGGUUUGAACAUGUUUCUGUUUAAAGGAAACAUGAUCAGAGCCUGUGCCUGUGCACCUGGACCUGGGCCUGUGCGUUUAAGUUAUCUUUCAGUGUGGGGGUGAGAUGAUGGGGGGGGUCUCACCUGGGAAGGUUUCUUUCUCACCAUGAUCUUAAAGCCAUUGGCUGGAAACACCUCCAAGAGUCCUUUUAGAACUUUUAGGGCUUUGCAGUUUUACCUAGGUCUCAAAGUUGGGUGAGUCUGGGCAGUGCAUUAUCCUGGGGAAUUUCUUUAUAGAAGAAUUUUUAAAAUAAUUUUAAAAAGUUUUUUUUCAGGGGGUUUUGUUGUUUGUUGUUGUUUUGUUGUUGUUGUUGUUCUUUUAUUUUGAGACAGACUCUCUGUGUAACCCUGGCUGCCUUGGAACUCUGUGUAGACCAGGCUGGCCUUAAACUCACAGAGAUUCACGUGUCUUUACUUCCCAAGUACUGACAUUAAAGGCCGUGUGCCACCAUGGCCUCACAUCUUUAUUUUAUUUUUCUUUUUUUGUUUGGGUUUUUUUUUUUUCUGGAGCUAGGGCCCGAACCCAGGGCCUUGUGCUUCCUAGGCAAGCGCUCUACCACUGAGCUAAAUCCCCAACUCCCCUAUUUUAUUUUUCUUAAAGAACACUUUUUUAAAAUAACUUUAUUUAAUUUUAUUUCAUAUGCAUUGGUGUCAGAUCCCCUGGAACUGAAGUUAUAGACAGUUAUGAGCUGUCAUGUGGGUGCUGGGGACUGACCCUGGCUCCUUCCGAAGAGCAGCCAGUGCUCUUAACCACUAAACCAUCUCUCCAACCCCCAACAGAUUUAUUUUUAAUCAUGUGUAUGUGUAUGUUGUCUGGGAAGUAGGGCAUACACGCAUGAGUGCGGUUAUCCGUGGAGGCCAGAGGAGGGCGCUGGAGAUCCCCCUGGAACUGGAGUUAUAGGUGGCUGUAAAUCUCCUGACAUGGAUGUUGGGAACUGAACAAUGGUCCUCUGCAAGAGCAGUCUCCGACCCCCCAAGGAGAGGAUCUCUUUAGCCCAUGAGCGUGAGAGCCUGGGCAACAUAAGGAGACUCCGUCUUAAAAAAAAAACCAUCGCAGAGCAAAGACUGAGGCUUUGGAGGGGCCGUAGUUGUGGCUCAGAACCUGGCAUGCACAAGGCUCUGGGUUUGAUCCCCAGAACCUCAGAAAUAAAGAUUAGAGUUGGAGUGGGACAGGCAGUAAGUAGCCUCUGGUAUGCUGGGACUAGACCGUUCCUGAACAGCACAGAUAGGCUCAUCAGGGGCGCAGGACCAAGGCUUGUCUCCACGGAGACUCAGGAGAGCAAGUUAGAAAAGGGCUUGUACCUUCAGGCUCGCUUGCGUGGGUGGAGUUACCAAGCAACCUUUGGGUUUUUCCUGCGUCCCGUGUUCAGGCUGUCCUGAAAUUUGGGUCUAAGGAUAGGGCUGUGAAGGAGCAGGUGGCUUUGGAAUUUGGUUAGAUCUGCUUCUACAACUUUUCGAUCUACUCAUAGUAGCUAACCAGGGUCGCCUGGGCCUCACUCCUCUCUGUGAAAGGGAAACAUUCAUUUGAGGACGACACUAGACGUAACCACAAGAAAGUGGGCAGAGGCUCACAGCUGUCCAUCAAAAUACAGUACCCGCAGCAACUCGCGGUCCCUUGUGAUGUGAAGCUUGCUGAUCCGAGGGAGUUGCUGGCGCCUCUCUACCUGAAUGAGGCUGGCUCUUAUUAGGCUGCUGUAGCGAAUUGGAUGUUUAUAGCCCUUCCGCUAGUUAAAACAGGACCUUAUCUGUCCGGGCAUGGGCUGAUCCCGACCAGACGCACAUUGCUACUUAAUGCGCGUGUAAGCAAGAGGGGCGUGGGGCCAGUGGAAUGUUGACGUAGAGUAGGCCUGACUUCUGGCUUUAAUCAGUUCCCCAGCUCCCUAGUUUGUACUAAGCUCCAGUGUUUAUCCUUCCUGGCCAGCCUCAGUAAUUCAGAGGAGCUGACCCAGAUCUCAGGAAGGCCAGUCAGUGUCCAGCCGCCAAUGCCCUUUCAAGGUACCUCUGCUUCUUACUGAGCCCCAACAGGUUCUCACAGCACUGAUUCCUAACCACUGCAGUACAUCAGCAGUACCCAGGAAGUUUGAAAAGGCAGGAGCCAGGCUGUACCCAAACAAUAUACCACCGAAAAGAACAACAGAAACAUCACGUGUUACCACCAUGUGUAACCAAGAUUAAGAACUAGUAUUGUUGGUGGGAGAAAAAUUCUACUCAUUGAGGGAAGUGUCACUCCAUUGGACCUAUGUAAUGAGUAUGUGGUCUUGGGAGUGGAUAACCACUCUAAAGGGAAGUGCAGAUUUCAUAUGUAAAUGCGGCCAUGCGUAUUCCGAAGACCUAAAGUAAAAUCUGCUCAAUUCCCUCCACUUGGACUAAAGACACCUUCACAAUAUUUUUUUUUCUAAUUAGGGCCCCCAAAAUAUAAAUUGUUUCAAUAAUUUGACUUUGACCCCGUGGUCAGGACAUUGUAAUGAUGUACACGCAAGGUGAUAAUGGGCGUGCAUUUCUGGAAAGGGGUGUCGUCUGUGGCAUCUGGCCCAAGUGACAUUUCCAGGAUGUUUUCCUGCCUUCUUGAGCCCCUCUGGAGGGCCCUUGCCAGCCAGCUUCUAGUUCAGUGGUUCUCAGCCUUCCUAAUGCUGUGACCCUUUAAUGCAGUUCCUUGUGUUGUGAUGACUCCCCACCAUAAAAUUAUUUUUGUUGCUACUUCAUAACUGUAAGUUUGCUACUGUUAUGAAUUGUAAUGUAAACAUCUGAUAGCGGGAUACCUGAUAUGUGACCCCUGUAAAAGGGUCAUUUGACACCCAGAGGGCUCUUGAGAACCAUGAUUCUGGGGAGAAGAUUCAUCGAGCCUCCAACUGUAGUGUCCCCGCAGUGCUUAGGCCUAGAGGCAGGCUCCUUUUGUAAGUUCCCAAUACUGUAAGGAUGCCAGAGGACGUCUGGGUUUUGACUGGGGAUGUGUAGCUCAAAAACAGAGUGUCUGCCUAACGUGAAGGGAUCCCUAGGUUCCUUUGAUUUCCCCCAGCACUCCACAAACCAGGCAUAAUAGUGUACCCCUGUAGUCCCACAUUUGGGAGGAAGAGACUCAAGGCCAGCAUAAACUACACGAGAAAAGAUAAAGAACGACAGUGGGGUCCAUUCUGCAGACAGUUUACAGCUUUGCGGGAAGCUAUAGCUAAGAAGGGAUGGUCUCCUGGGCUCUGUCAAGGAGUCUUGCUUUGAAAGUUCCCCCCAGAAACUGUGCUCCUGUGGAGGGGAAAUCCAGCCUUGCUCCCCUGGAGUGAAUCCUGUGGAAUUGACCUCCAGCUGGGUCUCCAGGUUCCCAGGUAAACUAUGACCGCCAAUGGCACCAGACUUGUUACAAUGUUUUUCUUUGUAAAGUUUACUUGUUCUGUUGUUCAUUGCUGUGGGACAGGGUCUUACUAUGAAGCCUAGACUCCGGAAGUUCCCUACCAGGUACUGAGAUACUAUGUCUCCACUACCUCCAGAGAGAACUUUUUAAAGUGACGGAUGCCAAGAUACCUGCAAAUGGGAUGGAGAGGUGGGGAGGGUGGUCAGCAGGAAGAGGGUACAGAUGGGGAUGGAGAACAGGCACUCGGUGGUUGAACCCUCAUUUCUUCCUCAAAGUUCUAUUGAGCGUCUUUGACACACGUUCUAACCCAGCAAAUCAGACCUUCCCCAAGGGCUCUCGGUCUUGGGUUGGAAUGGAUUUGCAGCUGGAGAGGUGGGGGUGGUUGUUCUUCCUUCUCUUUCCGUAUCCAGUCAGGUGGUUAGCAGCAGAAAGCACACAUCUUGAUAUUUAAAGACAUCUCUAAUGUUAUUCAUCUCAUGACUGAUCUUGCAAAAAAGGUUAGGAAGAUGCAAAUGUUCUUCCAUAAUGCAGGACUGGGGUUGUAGCUCACUCACAGUUCACUUGAACCUACAAAGACCCUGGGUCUCAUGCCCCCCAGUUCCACAAAGAUGAACAAUUGCUCAACAAAGUCAUGGUGUAUCCUUAUAGUAAAUAGCGUGCAGCUGUGAAAAAAAUCGAGUGGGUGGUUUGUGUUCUAGUUUAGAAAGAUCAAAGGGAUAAAAAACAAGGUUCAGGAACUAGAUAGAUGGCUCAGAGGUUAAGAGCAUUGAUUUUUUCCAGAGGACCCAGGUUCAAUUCCCAGCACACAGGUGGUAGGUCACAACUGCGAUGUGACUACAGUUAUGGGAGAUCCAACAACCUCUUCUGACCCCCUCACAUGGUGCACAGAUAGGCCAAUACAAACAAUAAAAUCAACUUCUUAAAGUCAAGGUCCCGGGGUUGGGGAUUUAGCUCAGUGGUAGAGCGCUUGCCUAGGAAGUGCAGGGCCCUGGGUUCGGUCCCCAGCUCCGAAAAAAAAGAACCAAAAAAAAAAAAAAAAAAAAAAGUCAAGGUCCGAAAGACUAUGAAAAGUAUGUUGGGAAGGGGGUAGAUUUUCAUAAGCCCUCCCCUUCCACUUCAGUUCUAGGACCACAGGUUCGUGCCACUAUACCUGGGUUUGUGUCACGCUGGGGAAGAUUCUUCCCAUAGCUUCUUGCUUGCUGCCCAGACGCUCUACGAACUAAGCUAUAUCCCAGCCUACCAAAAAGUUGUAAGAUGGCUCCUGUAGUCUUGGUGGGUGAGAGAAGGGGUAAGAUUAUAGACUGUGAUAGAACGCACCUUCUUAAACUUUGAUUUAUGAAUCAGAGAGCAAUCAGCUAAAAUUAUUUGUAUUUAUGUUGUCAGAUAAAUUGGUGGUUUUAUUAUGUCCCAGUUAAUCUAUGUUAUAGGUUCUGACCAUUGCAUGCUAAAACACCUCAGAAUCUGCCCUGCUGUGACCCCAGCGAGGCUAUGAUUGGCCAAUGGAAUGUGACUCCUGUUCUUCCCAUAAUGCCUCAUCUGGCCACAGAUGAUACAUACUCAGUUCUGUUAUGAAGCCCUCAGACUUUUCCCUUCCUCACCCUGAAACACAAGAGGAGCCAACAGCAUCUGGAGACUAACUGUAGGGGACAAGGAAGGCACAGAGCUGAGCCGAGUGUGGUUAGCUGAGGUUUUCGGAGGGCCGUGGCCUUUGCCUGGGGACUGUUUAGCUGCUGUCUGUUGGCAUCCGGUCCACCAAAUUGAUAGUGUGUUUGUGUUUGUUUCCAGCUUCUGAGUGGCAGCAAAAUGGGACCCAGCCUGGUAGUUUGGAAUGUUCAAAUGUUGAAACUUGUCCUUCACACUGGUUUCAUUCCAAAAUGGCAGGGCUCACAGGAAGCAAACCUGAAAUCCAGGGAAGCUUUCCUCCCUCCUGAGCUGAGAAAGAAAGGGAGAAAGGAUCUUAGGGCAUCAGAAACAAGAACCUUAGUCAAAGAGUAAGCCUUGGUCUGAUGUUUUUCUGGAAGACAAAUUCAAGUACAUGAAGCCCUGCUACAAGUCUUGAAAUGUCUUCCUUCCUGCUCCAGCAUCCUGAUCUUAGCCUGAGUGGGUGGAGUCCACAUUAGCCAUCCAUUCUCCCUUCUUUUCUUGCUUAGUACCUGGUAUUUAUGUUAAUGAAACCUGAUUUCUUUGUAAAUGGCAGCCAAGUGAAGGGAGUGGGUGAACUAACUGCCUGCCCACCUUCAGUCCUUAAAUAAGUGUCACUGAGAGACUUAUUCUCCCAGCAACAUCAGCCUCUUUUGUACAGAGUUGUACACAGGGUAGAACUCACCCUUGCUGGUGGCUCCUAGAGCCUGGCAGCAGCAACUGAACACAAUCUGAACAAGUCGGACUUAUACUAACAUGGUGCUGGGACAUGCCAGUCAUUGAGUACAGAUACAGCGACACACUGACAUUUAGGAGCUGUGCUGGAAGAUGAGCUUGCACUGUGCCUUCCUGCACAAAGCCAAGGUCACAUUAGCAGGUGUGGAAGACACCCACCGUUGAAUAUCUCUUGAUCGCUUCUGAGUAUGUUGAAUCUGCAAGUUAACUAAUUGUAAGUGAGGUCCAUCUUGACUGCCACACUGAGCUCCAUCUCUCCCCUGCCUCCCCUUCUCUUCAUUCUUUUGCUGGAAGGCCAUAGAACCUCACAUGUGAUAUCCCAGCCAUCUACUACUGAGCAUCAUCUCCAGCCCCAACAAGGUUCUUUGUUUAUUACUUAUUUAAAGGUAGGGAGUGAGAGUGGGCACAUGUGGAGGGUCAGAAGAUCUCUUGCAAGGAGUUAUUUUUCUUCUUCCACUAUGUCGGUCCUGCGGAUCAAAGUCAGGUGGUCAGGCCUGAUAGCAAGGGCCUUUACCUGCUGAGCUACCUUGUCAGCUACUGUUUGAUUCUUAUGUGGGGGUGGGGUUUGAACUCAGGGAUCUGUGCACUCAUUUCUGCCUCUUGAGUACUGGCAUUAAAGGCAUGGACUACCACAUCAUACUAGCCUAGUUGUGGUUUUUAAAAAUAGGCUGUCUAGUCCAGGAUGGCAGAAAACUCACUGUAUUGUCCGGGCUGCCUUCAAAUUGGAGGCAUUCCUCCUAGGUCUGGGGCUUGCAGGUAUGCACCACUUAAUUUAGGAUUGUUGUUGAUUAUUGGUUUUUGUAAAGUUGGAAUACAACUCUCACAUAUAUCAUGCCCCCCAAUUCUAUCUAUCUAUCUAUCUAUCUAUCUAUCUAUCUAUCUAUCUAUCUCUAUCUUACUCAUGUUAAAUUUAACUAGUGACAGAGCUCAACCAUACUGACUGCCACUCAUAGAAUGAACUUUAGGCCUUUUAAUCCUAUGAAUUGUAUGUUGUUUAUACAGAUAAAUUAUAAGGGGCAUUGCUGAGAAUUCCCAGAAGAGACUGGCCAAAUAUCUGUCUAACCAUUUGACAAAGAUGGCUUCCUCAUGGAAGGUUCAUUCUGUUAGGAAGCCACCCAAGUCUUGGAUAAAAUUUUAUGGUGAUUGAUCUCAAAUAGAGCAGUAGACUUCUCUCCAGAAGAGGGGGUUUAUAAAAAACAAAAAUAAAAAACAUUUCUUCUGAGAUACCUUGUAACCCUGGCUGGCCUGGAACUUGCUAUGUAGACCAGGCUGGCCUCAAAUUCAGAGAGCUGCUUGCAUCUGCCUCCUCUGUGCUGGAAUUAAGGUGUACACCACCAUAACUCCCCCGCCUCCUUUUAGAGGAGGGAACUUGUGUAGGAGUCAGAGGACAGCUUUGAGGAGUCAUUUCUCUCCUUCUUUUUUUUUUGGUUCUUUUUUUCAGAGCUGGGGACCGAACCCAGGGCCUUGUGCUUCCUAGGUAAGCGCUCUACCACUGAGCUAAAUCCCCAGCCCCCAUUUCUCUCCUUCUACUAUGUGAAUCCUGGGGAUCAAACUCAGGUCAUAAGACUUGGCAACAAGCACCUUUACUCAGUGAACCAUUUCACCAGCCCUGUUCCUGGACUUGUAUACUCAUGAGCAGCUUCAGGUACAGCUUGGAGGUAGUAAAGGCACAGGGUGGGCUGGUCUGAUCAGAAUGGCAUUUAGUACAGCACCAGUUUGUGAUCCCUGUGGUUUGAGAUCACUGUAAGGUAACAAAUACAUGGAAUACUCAUCCCCUUGAUGCCUCUAUAUGCCUUUUUAGGCUUUAAGCCUGCCCCACCCCUUUAACUUGUUAUCUCAGCCCUAGAUAUAGAGUCCAGAUCCUGGGAGGAUUUAGGCUUGGCCCUGAAUGGCCCUCUGCAUGCCUGCUUUUGGCUUGAAGGGGGAAUUGAGUCUCUCAGACAUUUGAUCCCCAAGCUGAGCCUAGAAUCAGCACUUUGAAUUCAGGCUUUUCCCUUUUUCCUUGCUAAUCCAGCCCUUGGCUUCUCCUGCGGUUUUCCAGAGUGACUUGUCAAAGCCCUUCUGUGUAAUGCUCUGUGCCACAGACUCUGUAGAGGGCAUCAGUGUACCGAUGCAGCCUAUGUCUGCUCCAUGCCACCCAGGAACCGAAUUUGUAAGCAAAAUGCUGUGACCCCAUAGAGUGGAUAUGGGGUACAUGUGGGUUCCUUUCACCUUUUCUUAGGGAUAUCUGGGCUGAGCCCACAGUCCUGUCUCGGGUCUUCACAUCAUAGGAUCUCAUGAAAGGAAAACAGUCACAACCGUUCAGGGUAAUAGCCCAUUAUGCAUCUGAUCAGCAGAGGCCUCUGAUGGUGGCUAAUCCAAACUCUUCUUGAGAUGAGCCACAGAGAGCCAGUUAGUCAUAGGUCAGUACCACAGAGUACUGAAUUUGCCUGGGUUGUUCGUCACAGUGCUAACGUAUCUGACUCUUCUCUCAGGGAGGUAGCCAUAUAAAUCUAUACCUCCUUCAGCUGCCAUGCCUGCUGGAAAAGCAGCUCGUGAGCACCAGAAAGACAGCUAUUCUCAUACACGCCAGAGUUCAUCGUGUCCUAGCAGCUGGCCAAGGCUUUGUUUUCAAGAGAACCUAAGAGAAUGGCUUCUUUUGUUCCAGUUUCCCCUCCCAGAGACUCAUCCCAGGGGUCCCUUCACCUGCAGUAUCCAUUAAUUCCGUGGAUUCAUUUUUCCCCAAAUAAACAAGUUUUCCUGCCAAAGAAAAUGUGUAUCGUGAGUGGAUGCAGGGCUGUCUUAGGGAUGUCUUGGGGCCGUCUUUGGAGGCAUGGUUUUCAUCUCCCUGGGCUGGCACCUGCCUCCUUGUGGGGCCCUUUCUGUUAUGGCCACAGUGUUGUACAGCCCUAGUUUCCUAAGGCCCUUGGCAGUUUUAUCAAUACUUCACAUGGCUGUCCAGCCUCCGAGAAAGCAUCCUCCACUCCUGUUUGCUCAGUUUCCUGAGGGUGCCUUUCCAAUCAUCUUCCACCUCUUGUUUCACACUCCGGGGACAUGUGUGGUUUCUGCAAACUGCACAGAUGUGCUUGGGGGAGGGAGGCAUGGCUGUGGCCUUGCACACUACAGCUGGCGGACUAAACUCUGAAGUGGGGAGGGGACUUUCUCUGAGCAAACAAGACAAUGGGCUUUAGUUUCCACCCUGCGGGAAGGCAGAGUGGGGUGUUCUCAUUGAGCGGUAUAGCUCAUGAGUUACAGAGGACCAUAGAUAACAUUUGAGUAUCUGAUCCUAGAUUGCAGUGUUAAGCAAUAAGGGACCAAUGAACGACAGACACUUGGGAGGGGGAGGCGGUAUGAGACAGGGUUGCUCCCUGUAGCCCUGGCUGACCUGGAGCUUGCUCUGCAGGCCAGGCUGUUCUCAAACUCAGAAAUCCUCCUGCCUCUGACUAAAGGAUUAAAGGUGUGCAAUACCACUGCCUGGCAUUUUUUCUUUUUUAACUUUUAUUUGUAUGUCUUGCUGACAGACACAGACACACACCCCCGCUGCUGCCGCCACUCACCAGAAGUCAUCAGACUGGAUCUUAGUGAGAGGGUCACUUACUUCUGUCAUAGCUGCUUAGCUCUAACUUGCCACCUCUGGAACACAAUAUAUAAUCAGGGUAAUAUGGUGGCUCCAGCUGGCCCACCUCUGUGAGUGUGAGCUGAAGAGCCAGACCCUGUGCUAAGCGAGCACACUUAUCCCAUUCAAAACAGCAUUGCCUGAGGAAGUCGGAGUUCUUCAGCUGCUUCUACAUAUUUUGACAGGAGAAACCUAUUUUUGUUUUCUGAUCCUAUUCUGAGUUUGUCCCCUAACUCAGGUAAAUGCACCUGGCUUGCUUCCACAACCCUUUUAUACAGGUCGUCUGUUAAGCACUGUGGUUUUAAUGGGGCGGUAACUAUAAGAAUGGAUCAUUGCCAACUAUGCCCAAGCCCUCCCCCUCCAAUGUAUAUUUUCUCCAAUGUAGUUCUUUCCUUAAAUAUAUAAACAUUUGAGCAAAAUUUUGUUUCAUAUACUUGUGAGCUACAGGAUAAAAUGACCAUUUUGUGGAGUUUGUGUUUUUCAUACCCAAGAUGAAAAUAAGGUUUUAUUUUAUUUAGUUUUUGGUUACUUUGUUCUCCCACCCUUCUCUCCCCCCUCCUUGCGUUCCCCCCUCUCUUUGAGGUAACCAGGCUGGCCAAGGCUGACCUUAAACUCCUGAUCCUCCUGCCCCAGCCUCCAGAGUGCUGGGAUUACAGCACAUGCUACCACACUCAGCUAGGAAUUAAGUUUUAAGUAAACAUAACAUUUUACCUGAAAAGGGAUGGCUUCAUGAGGUUAUCCAUAAUAUAAACACAUUUUACAGUAAGGAAAAAGGCUCCCGAGAAGACAAAAUAAGCCUGGAUUUUAAGCCAAGACACCUGGGUUCCAAGCGCAUUUUGUAUUUAUCACUUACAGUGUCUCGCUACCCAUGAUGACUUUCAGAUCUUGACAUUGGCUUGUAUAUGUUUUUAAAAGACAGAAUACAAUAUAACGGCCUAGAAGAAGAAGAAGGAUAAAACAAAAACAACAAAUUCAAACAUGGCAAGAGCCUUAAACUAAGGCUGUAUGAGGCUAGAGGGGUGACAGUGGCUAAAAGCACCUUGCCAAGAACUCAGGUUAAGUCCCCAGCACCAACACAGUGGCUCACAGUGUAACUCCAGUUCCAAGGGGUGUGGUGCCCUCUUAUGGCCCCACUGGCACUGCACACACAGAGUACACAAACACUCAGCAGGCAGAGGCAGGAGGAUCUCUGUAAGUCAAGGCCAGCUUGGUCUACAGAUUGAGAUCUAGGACAGCCAAAGCCACACAGAAAAACCCUGUCUCAAAAAAAAAAAAAAAAAAAAAAGAACAACAACAAACAAAAAGAAGUCUAUUAGAAAAAUAGAAGAAACCAGGGGCCAGGGGCUGGAGAGAUGGCUCAGCAGUUAAAAGCCCUGGCUGCUCUUCCAGAGGAUCUGGGUUCAGUUCCCAGCUUCUCCAAGGCAGUGCCCAGCUCUCUGUAACUCUAGUUCCAGGGGAUCUGACACGCUCACCCAGACAUAUAUGCAGUCACAACACCAAUGUACAUGAAAUAAAAAAUAGAUUUUUAAAAGAAAGGAGAGAAACUAGGGCCAGUUUGCUGUGUUUCUCCUGGCUGGUUUGGCUUCCAUGCUAGAAAGUGAACAUGAAGGUAUGGGAGCCCAGAGGCCCAAAAUACCCCAGCCGAUCUCCAUAGACCCGUGUUCCUGCACCUCAAAAUGGCCACUGCAGAGCCAGUCCACUUGUCAGAAUGUCAGCACUGACCAACCCGGACUUCUGUAUUAGUUACUUUUGGUUGCUGUGAUAAAAUUCCAUGACCAAAGACAAUUUACAGGAGAGUUGAUGAUGCUCUGGUUUCAAGGGUGAUUUCAAAGUAGGCAUGGCAACGGGCAUCCAUCCGGAUAGAAGCUGGCUUCACAUUUCUAUUCGUAUAACCUCCCCAAACAGCACCGUCAACCAGGACCAAAUGCUCAAAUAACCAAACCAGUGGAGAGCAUUUCUCAUACAAACUACAGCAACUGCCAACCCAUUGUCCUCCUCACAGGUUUAGGGCCCUCGGCUGUUUGAGAUGGUGGCAGGGGCCACUCUAGAUGGACAGGUAAGCAUGGACAGCUGCUAGGUCAGAGUUGGAUGAUGAGGGUGUGGAAUGGAGUUGCCAAAGGUCCAGGUUCUGUGUCGGAUACCCUUAGGGGGAUGCAUUUGUUCUCUGGCCACGUAAACCCCAGGGAUUCAAGGCUACACAAGCUCAAAUAAUAUUGUCGCAGAUAACAGGAAUCUAGUUCGUCCCCUCCUCCCCUGAGUGUGUGUGUGUGUGUGAUUAUUACCCGUGGAGAUCAGGAGAGGGCAUAGUAUUCUGUGUAGCUGAAGUUAUAGGAUGUUGUGUGCUACCUGAAAUGGGUGCUGGGAACGAAACUCAGGUCUUCUGGGAGAGCAGCAAAUGUUCCUAACCACUGAGCCCUCUCUCCGGCCCCUAUUGUGAUUAUUAAACCCAUGGUUUUUCUAGUAAGUUAUAUAUUUUCUUUUGUGUAUUUAAUUUUAUCUUGAAGUGUUUCAUACUUGUAGAAAAGUGACCACAGUGGCAUGAACACUCCCUUUCCCUGUCCCAGUGUCUACAGUUCUGAUUUACCUUGUGGUUCUUUUCUUGCUGUGGACACACACAUUUACUGCUGGGUUUGUUUAUUUUUCUUUGAGUUUUUCGCGGUGUCUGUGUGCGCGCAUGUGGGCAUGUAGGUGCCAGUGUGUGUGUAUGUUGGGGCUAGAAGAAACCUCCCAUGUGUCCCUUGGCUCUGUCCAGCUUAUUUUUAAUUAUUUCGAGAUGGGGCCUUUCACCUGGGGCUCACCUAUGGGCUAGGGCGGCUGGCCAGUUGGCAGCCUCUGUAGUAUUGCAGUUCCUGUGCUUGCUUCCCUGGUCCCCUACCCUGGGGUUAGCAGCACACACUGCAGCACCUGGCUUUUAAACAUGGGUUCCAGGUGUUUAACUAUGAUCCUCAAAUGGGCAGUAGCCUGCACCCCCUACCCUCUAAGACUAGUGUCUCAUAUAGCUCAGGCUAUCCUCAGUAUGUAACCGAGGAUGAUCUUGAACCUCUGGUCUUCUCACCUCCUUCUCCAGUGUUGAGAUUAUAAGUGUGUUAUGUUAUAUUAUUAUAAUAGUGUUACAUUCCUGGGGAUGGAAUACGUGUUUUAUGUAUGCCAAGCAAGCACUCUUCUAGCUAAGCUUGCAGUCCUAGCCCCUAAUUUAUAAAACUCCCUAAAGAGCUAUAUCGGUUUAUUUCUUUAGAAUUUGUAAUAGACUCCUUAUACUAGAGAGGUGUCGACCUCCAUGUGACCGCCUGUUGCAUAGGGCCAGUGUAUAUAAGUCAGGAAUUGUGGGGAAGUGUUUUGCUAAGCUUGCUGUCCUUAGGUCCCAUACGUCAUCCUAAUCAUUGUGGAUUAGUGAGGUUUGGUGUGGCAUGGCACUGUCCAACCUUUUAUGGCCAGUUUGCAGUCCAUUAAGCAACACCCUUUGAUACUUGGAGUUGGUGAUUGGCUGAGGUGGCUGUCAGUUUCAGGAUUUGAGGGAGGGAUCUGGGACUUAGUAGGGCAUCUGUUUCCUAGAGUGGCUUGCCCUGCCUCCACAGUUCAUCAACACAGAGAGUGUUUGAAGUGACGGUUGGUUUCAUCUAGUUUUGCUUAGCAUGCAAACAAAACCGCUGGAUUUUUUUUUUCUCAGCUAUGAGAUCAAAAGCUCUCUUCUCCAGAUGAUUGGAGCAUGAAGUAAGUUGAGCCAACAUUGCCACCUUAGAGCUUUGUUGGCAUAAGUGACUAGGGAUGUGACUUAUAUACGUUCUCAGGGAACAUUGCCAAAGCCAUACAGGGAAGCUGGGAAUGGCGCCUCUCCCUCGUUGUGUUACCACUGAGCUCAUGAACAUGGGUUCAGAGCACAAGGAAGCUCUCAUCAGCCAGAGAGGAGUAACAGCCAUUCAUUCCGGGGAUUGAUGGAGCCUUCCUUCACAGUGACCUAAGGGCAUGUGGUUCAUACCAGCUGGAAAACUUCCUGAGCUUCACCUCAGCUCCCACACCCACAGGCUGUCAGGCUGUCAGGCUGUCAGGCUGUCCCUCCUCUCCAUGCAUGGAAGCUUCAUGCCCAAGAAAAAAAUGGACCUUGUUCUGGUUCACAUCCUGGGGACUGAACAAAACAUGCAUGUAAAUAUUCCAUGCAAACUGUCCAAGAUAACUUGAGAGAGUCUCAGAUACAGCAGUUUAUUCGGGUUUGGCUGUUUCUUUACCUCCCGCCCUUAUAUUACUUACUCUGUGUGUGUGUGUGUGUGUGUGUGUGUGUGUGUGUGUAGGAGUAAAAUAUUUAUAACAGAGCUCAUACAUCAUUUCAUAUCACUCCUGACAUAUCUCAGUAAUUGUACUUUUUUAGUCAAGGUCUCAUCCGAAGCUGACCUCAAGCUCUCUGUGGCUAUGGUUGACCUUGAACUCCUGAUACUUCGGUCUGUACCUUCCUAGUGCUGAAGAAUGUGCUACCACACCUAGGUUUAUGUAGUGUGGGGAACUGAACCCAGGUUUUCUGCACUUUACCCAUGGAGGCACAUUCUCAGCUCCCUGUAUGAUCGUUUAUCUAUUUCCUUUGGAGAAAAGGUCUCACUGUGUAAGCCAGGCCUCAAGCUCUUAGUCCUCCUGUAUCAGUUCCUAAGGGCUACAGGACCACAGGACUGUUUUACUAUGCCCACCUCCAAAAAUUAUUUUUAUGUAUAGGUCUUUAUAAUUUGUAAUUGGUAAUCCUAUAGCCCGAGAAUCAAGCAAGACAUGGUCACAUGCACCUGUAAUAUCAGCAUUAGGGAAACUAAUGCAGGAGGAUGGUGAGUUUGAGGCCAGGCUGGAUUAAAUGGUGACAGUGGUCACAAAAGCAACACAGGAAUCAACAAAGCCCCAACCUCAUGCUUCAGAGAGAUGAAUCUGAACAAAGUUACGUGGUUUGGCAGGGUGACAGCUCACACUUGUGAGUCUACAGACUGGAAUCUCAGGUAGCCGUGUAUGAGCUUGGCUUCCUGUGCAUUUUGAAUGUCUGUCAAUGACUGAUCGUUGUAACUUACAGGAAUUUUUUAAAACAAUAUUUUAAUUAAAAAAAAAAAAAAACCCAAGGCAUCUGUCAGCUGUCAGCCUCCCGGUUUCUACUUUUGAGGAUCAGGGUGUUGUUGGUGAGUAAUGACAACGGGCCUGUAAAAUGCGGACUCUAACCCGCCGAUGACUCAUCCGGUACAAUGCAGUAUAUUUGUCAAGGAGACUGAAUCAUAUAUGGGGGAAACUACUUCUCAGCAGCCAGCUGGUUCUCAGGUCAGCCAGAGAGGAUCCAUUUUUAUCGGAAGCUUUAUAGUAGCGAUGAUGCUAAUGGGCAGCCCUUGGACUCCACAAUGUAGAGGAAAUGGCAUCUCCGGGCAGUGACAGCUAUAUUGUGCGUGUCAAGGCUGUGGUUAUGACCAGAGAUGACUCCAGCGGGGGAUGGUUCCCACAGGAAGGAGGCGGGAUCAGUCGCGUCGGGGUGUGUAAGGUCAUGCACCCUGAAGGCAACGGACGGAGCGGCUUUCUCAUCCAUGGCGAACGACAGAAAGACAAACUGGUUGUAUUGGAAUGCUAUGUCAGAAAGGACUUGGUCUACACCAAAGCCAAUCCGACGUUUCACCAUUGGAAGGUUGAUAAUAGGAAGUUUGGACUUACUUUCCAAAGCCCUGCGGAUGCACGAGCCUUUGACAGGGGCGUGAGAAAAGCCAUCGAAGACCUUAUAGAAGGUUCAACAACCUCCUCUUCCACGAUCCAUAACGAAGCUGAGCUCGGAGACGAUGACGUUUUUACAACUGCCACAGACAGUUCUUCUAAUUCCUCGCAGAAGAGGGAGCCGAAUACAAGGACAAUCUCCUCCCCCACAUCGUGCGAGCACCGGAGGAUUUAUACCCUUGACCCGUACCCCAUGGAUCUUUACCACCCCGACCAGCGUUUGCCGCGGUCGUACCCCCAGGUCACCUUCCCGGAAGAUGAUGAAGAGAUAGUACGCAUCAACCCCCGAGAGAAGAUCUGGAUGACGGGUUACGAAGAUUACCGGCACGCGCCAGUCCGCGGCAAAUACUUGGACAGCACCGAAGACGCAGACUCCUACGUGCGCUUCGCCAAGGGUGAAGUCCCCAAACACGAAUAUACGUAUCCCUACGUUGAUUCUUCGGACUUUGGCUUCGGCGAGGAUCCCAAAGGCAAUGUGAUCAAGACACAGCCGCCCAGGGCCAAGUCCCGUCGGCGGAAGGAGAACGGCGAACGGUCGCGGUGCGUGUACUGCAGGGACAUGUUCAACCACGAAGAGAACAGAAGGGGCCACUGCCAAGACGCGCCCGACGCCGUGAGAACGUGCAUUCGCCGGGUGAGCUGUAUGUGGUGCGCGGACAGCAUGCUGUACCACUGCAUGUCCGACCCCGAGGGAGACUACACUGACCCUUGUUCGUGCGACACAAGCGAUGAGAAGUUUUGCCUCCGGUGGAUGGCACUAAUUGCCUUGUCUUUCUUGGCUCCUUGUAUGUGCUGUUACCUGCCCCUCCGGGCCUGCCACCACUGUGGAGUGAUGUGCAGGUGCUGUGGUGGGAAGCACAAAGCCGCUGCGUGACUCGGUUUCCUUCCUCUCCCCUUCUCCAACCACAGCCACAGGCAUCUCGUCUCCUGCGUACAGCCCCACCCCACCCACCCACCCCGCCCCCAUCUUCUCCCUGGCUCCCUUCCAACUCCAAAAGGCAAGGCCAAUCAGAGGAGGCCAGGCUCUGGUCCCUUGGUGACAUCAUUCCAAACCCGGGGUAGCUGCCACCCCCCCCCACCCCCCACCCCCCCGUGUUGCAGUGUUCUGAGGAAAGGAGCCUUCGGCAUAGACUCGUGUAUUUUUCCAGCCUAUAAUCAUGCUGUCUUUCCUGAGUGUUGGUUUCCAACCCCCUCCUCCCUACCUUUCUGGUUCUGCUGUCUUGGAGGGGUUUAUUGAUUUCCCCCCACCCACCCACCCCUGCCCCGUGACCUUUUUUUUUUCUCUUUCUUUUCUCCCCAUUGGGCUUGCCUGUCGCUAACUAUCAUAGGUCCCUCAGAGAUGUGACCGAAUGAUGAAGCCAUCACCCAGGAUGUUGUUAUUCGAGGAGAUGAGCUAGAUAACAAGUCUGUACCAUAAAACAAUAAUACUUUAAGUCCUAAAGCCAAAUCUCCCGUGAUGCCCGGGGGGGUGGGGGGGUGGGGGGCCCUUAAUCCGCCAUCAUCUCUUCCCCUCCCCUCCCCCCACACGAACCCAUUCACUGAUUCAAAACAGUCACCUUUUAAAUGACUUUUUUGAGCCUUAACUCCAGAUUAACUUGUGAGAAUCAAGAACAAAUCCCUCAAAUUGCUUUGCAUCCUCUUGGACCAGGGCUUGCAAGGGGAUUUGGGUUUCUAUGAGCCUGCCCAGUUUACCCCGUAAAAUAGGACUUUUUUAGAAUCCCAUCGCCACUUCUAAAAUCCUAGUAACACAUCAGCGAGAUAACUUUUAUUCGUUAUUUUACAAACCAAAUCGGUUUACUCAAUUAAAAACCAGUGUCCUGUGAACAAGUUCCAGUUGGAAAACACUACAGUUGUGGAUAGAACCGUAGCCAUUCCCAGCCCCCUACACUGUUUUACAUUAUUCAGGGGGGGGGGCAUUUUUAAAUACCAUCGAUUCAAAGAGCGGUGGCUUGCUCUUUUUUUUUAGGUGAAUGUUUUUGUUUUGGAGGCUUUUGUUUUUUAGUUUGAGGCUCAAUUCUUUAUUUAUACUUGAAAAACAAACAAACAAGGCCAUAUGUAAAGAAAAAAACCCUUUCAAUGCCUAAGUGUCUUUUCUUCCACCACUCCACACCCACAUUUGCCACUUGGGGUGCACAGAUAAGGGUAGGUCACCAACUGAUUAUGCCUGUCGCCGAGCCAUACAAAAGGCUUCUUAUUCGGGGGGGGGGUAUAUAUAUAUAUAUAAAGGAAUAGCCAACUCUUACUGAAAAAAGACAAGCAAAAGUGGUUACCUAUACCUAGCAUGGUACAAUCUAAAUUUCAUGGGGACUGUAGGGGACAGGCUUGUCACCACUGGCCGUUCUUCCUAUAGUGAUUAACGGUGGAGGGCCGACUCAGUCCCCUUUAAUCCCUAAACCGCCCUCUCCCCCUUAUUUUUCCAGUCUGUCAAUCACUCUGGGAAAAUGCUAGCCAUGCAUACCUUCCUGGCAAUGUUUUCUGCUCGCCUGACAGCCUGCCGUGUUUCUUCAGACGGAUCAUCGGUGUAGAUAGAAUCAGCAUGCUUCUGCGUUCGUUGGGAGGUGUUUUUCUUUGUUGGGAUGACUGGUUGGGGCUGUCGUAGGAAAGGUGCAGGGGGCUGCCAUCUCCGCCAUGUGGAGAGAGGGGUCUCCAUGCUAGGAGACUCUAGACUGCCUCCAGCCAGCCUCCAGUGCUGUGGAGAGACUGUCCCAGCCUGAGGGACUCUCCUUGGGCCCUCUCACCUCUCUACAAAGCACAACACUAAUCUGUUUCCUCAGACCUCUGUUCAAGUGCCCCUAUUUAUUUCGAUAAGAAUGCGCAUCCCUGUCUGUCGCCCUGUGGUGUCGGGCGCAUCCCUGUCCGGCGCCCCGCGGUGUCGCGCGCCGCUCUGCCGUAUCCGGCACCCGCAGUGUCCCGCGCCUUGCAGUGUCGCCUCUGUCCUCGUUUGUGCUUCCCUCUUCCCUUGCUGGUUCCCACCCUCCUAAGAGUUAUGCUAGUGGAUCUUACUCCGUGCAUCAUCGUCUUUUGGUUCGUGAAGGCAGCGGUUAAGGGCACAAAGAUAGCCAUGGGGACAUUUAUGUAAAUACGUUUAAUUGCCACACUGCAGCUGAACGGUGUGUAGUAUUUUCCCAGUCAGCUUUGCCAUACUGACGUCAAUCAUUUGAGAGAAAUUAUUCAGAUUUUAUUUUUAUAUCCGUGGUAACAAAACCUAACCAAAAGGUUUCCUGUUGAGAAGUUUCCCUGACUCUUAUCCCAAGCUAUUCGCUCACAUUAACAAAUUAAAGUGCCUGAAGCAAAAUUCAUUUACCUGUACACUAAAACCCCUGUUGUAUUGAUUUUUUUUUAUAAUAAGCCUUUUUACCUCUGUAAAAAAAUAUAUAUAUACAAGUGUAUGAUGUACAUUUUAGUUCUUAACUUUUUUUAUGGUUUCUAAUAUGUAUGACCAAUGUAGCCAUUGCUUUGAAAUGUACCAUGUAAAUAUAAACACAUCCUAUCAGA